AGAGGAAGUAAAAGUUAAAAAAUUUCCACCUACCUGGUGAAACGGAAAGAAAUCUUUUAUCUUGAUUAUUUUCAUGAAAUAUUGUUCCAUCCAACAUUAAAAAAAAUGUUUCAAGAACUUGACUCCAGAGAAAACCUAUCAUUGAUGUUAUCAGAGGUUUUAGAUGACAUUGGUGUCAAUGAAAGAAUAGUGAUGAGAAGGAGAAGAAAUUGCAUGCUGCUAGAGACUAUGAUUAAUACCAACUGGACAUUUACUGAUAGAAAUCAGACGGCCUAUUAUCUAGGAAGUCAGAGUGAAGGUACAACUACUAAAGGACUUCAGUCAGACUAUGAUAAACUAGUCUGUGCGCACAAUGUCAAUAUAAUGCAGGACCGGUUAGAGUGGAAAAAAGGCAAGUCAAACUUCCUUAUGAUACAGGAUGAGAACACUACCCCUGGUUAUUGUUUCUUACAAAAGUUCGAAACAUAUGAACAUCUUCCUGCAUCUGAUAUUCCUUGUACACAUUAUAGUACUGAUAGAGAAGGGAGAAUAUUGCUUAAAAACACAAUUAAAAAUUAUAGGCUUAGGAGUGGAGGGCAGCAGCAUGGACCAGCUAUUGCUAGGAGAGACCCUGGAUGCUAUGAUAUUGACGAAGUGAUUGGUUUUCCAUGUAAAUCAUGGCCUCAAUCAGCAUCAGGUUGGUUAGAAAGACAGGGCAUUGGCAGAUGGCCAACACAAAAGAUGAGAAGAUCUGAAGCCUGUAAUGGGUGUUUUGUUGUUGGAACUGAAAGUAAGGUCAGUAAAUAUCCUGAAGUGGAAUGGAGAAUAUCUACAUCACUGGCAGAAAGGAAUCUUAUGUUUAGUCUUAAUUUCACACAAAUAAGGUGUUAUGUACUACUGAAAAUGAUUCUUAAGUCCUUCCUUAAUCCUAAAAAUGAAAUCAAUAUAUCAAGUUUCAUGUGUAAAACAGUUCUAUUACAUUGUAUAGAAAAAACAGACCCAAGUGCAUGGAAAGAUAACAAUUUAUUAACAUGUUUAACACACUGCUUAUUGGAAUUACACAGUUACAUACAGAAUGGCUUUUGUCCACAUUUCAUUAUACUGAAAAAUAAUUUGAUGGCAGGACAAUUUACAGCUGAGUCAAAACAUGAACUUUCCAAAAAUACUUGUGAAUUUUUACAGAAUGAUAGACUAAGGUUACUUAGUAUUGGUAUUGAUGAUCUUGGUCAUAGACUUCUAGUUAAAUUGAACAUUGUACCACAUGGUGUUUACACUUUUGAUUCUUCUCUUGAAAUGUAUGAACAAGUUCUGACCUUGGGAUAUAUACUCACUGCAAUGGAGAUAAGUGAAAGCCAUAAGGAUUUUUUAGAAUGUUCUCAAAAUAAAAACAUUAAAACAAUAAAGCAAUCUGUAGGUAAAGUAAUGACCUUCAGUGAUAAUGGUAAUACAUUAGAACAUGUUGCAAUCAAGUUACUUGCACCUUUUUAUUUUACCACAUAUGGAUCUAUCCUAGCAUCAUCCAGCAUUGGAGAAAAAAAACAAAUGUCAUGUCAAGCAUUUGUCUGGCUAUCAGACGGUUUAAACUCUGACAUCUCAUCAAGCAGACUUAAAUUGGCUUCAGUGUUCUACUGUACAAGAGAUAUGGAGAAAGCUGAAAAACUUCUGAGACACACUGAACAACAAUAUAACUCUAAUCCUGUUUUACCUUUCUGUAGAUGCUGGAAUUAUCCUCGAGAAGCAAUACCAGUAGAUUUCAAGAGGGUAUGUAAUGAGGAAAGUGAGGACUGUAUCAAAAAAAUUACAGCAUUUUGCGUCAGGUUUAUACAGAAAGAGAUUAACUGUGUUCCUCAUGAACUACAAUAUGAAAUGUUCAGAUCUACACAAGAUGACAUGAUACACAGAGAUGAAUUAUUUGACUUUUGGAUGGACUGGGCUGUAGUUGAUUCUCUCCCUUUCCUGUACUUCCUACAAUACAAGAUCUAUGGUCAUCUACAAAAGCAUCAAGAUCAACAACAAGCACUUAGUAAACUUGAAAGAACAAUAGAAACUGAUAAAAAUCUUGGACAUAAAGAAACAGCUCUUAACGUUUUAGGACAAUGUAUGGAACAAGAAAACAGACAUCAACAAGCAUUAAAAUGCUACCUGCUUUCUCUUCAACAAAGGGCAAGAAACAAUGUAGCAAUCAUACAUAUAUGUAAACUCCUUUCAAGGGUAUUGGCUAGGCAAUGAAAUGACAGUAUUAAGUAUCAUUGUCAAUGAUCAUGUACUGAUUGAAUCAAACAGAUUCAAAUGUCAAAAUAUAGACCAGUUAUCAUUCUUGAAAACACAUAAUAUUUUGAAGUAACUUGAAACAGAUUAAACUGAAAGAAUGAAUCCAGCUUCAAUGAUUUUGAAUAUUUUAUUUACAUUUGAGAGUCAAGAGCCUCUUCGGAAGAGGACCAGUAUUGUUCAUGAAAAUGAAUGUCAAAAUUUUUAGUUAAUGAGAUGAGUUUUUUCUAAGUAUUU